UAACUGUGAAGCUAAAUCUUAACGUCGAGUAAGAACUCGACAUAUGCACCACCUAGUAGUGCGGAGCGAAAACGCAUACAACUUUGCAGGAUCAUUUCGGUGCAAUAUUGCAAUUAUAUAUCUCUGUAAUAUCUCUGCAAAAUUACAUUGCAACUUGUAAUGUUGCAACAUUCCUGCAAUGAAACUGGAAGCUUAUGUGCUGUAUGGGGAGUAGUUUAAUCGUUCUUACUACACUAGGUUGCAUCCUGUGGAAGUUUCUCCUUAGAAAAUGGUAUUAUUGUAAACGUAACGACGUCGAGUGCGUUGAGUUUAAUAAUGACAAUGCAGUAGCAACCAAUGCCAAUGCUCCACCGGAAGAAUAUAAUCCAUUUAUUGAAUCGAAGGAAGAAAAGUUGACGAUUGAAAACGAUAACAACAAGGUCGUUGCUAUCGAUAAACUCGUGGGCGCAACUGCAUGGAGAACGCCGAACUGGGUCUCGAAUGCCAAUUACGGCACGAACCGGUUGGGCGACGAUGACGACGACGACGACGAUUUCAAUCCUCCUAAUCAAGGAAAUAAUGUAAUAGCUCAAGUACCACCUGUACGCAAUGUGCCUAAUACAAAUGUGCCUAACAACUCAACCGCAGGACAAUUGGCUAUUACGAUGCCGGAAUCAACUGCGGAUCAGGAUAACGCCAGAAAUAUAGUAUUGCAGACUUAUAUGUACAAUUAUGAGCGCAAUACUGAUGGCAAUAUUGAUAAUGAGGAUACUGAUAACAACGAUACUGAUAAUAAUGCUGACAGCAAUACCGACCUUACACCGGAACCUAAUGAAAACGGAAACAAGCACAAUGGGAAGAAAUCGAUGUUGAUCAAUCAGAUGUUGAAGAACAUCACGAUGAAUGUGAAUGUAAUCAAUGUAAACGAUGUUGCAGAAAGUCGAACGAUAACGCGUGAAAAUCUCGGUGUACACGUAUGUGGAAAUGCGUUUAACGAGACAUACGCGGAUAAAUGGAUCGAACGCGGAGCGAGUGAUUUCGCCAGCAAGGUCUUCGGAUUUGACCCUGAAGAGUGAACAGUGCUUACAGGAACAGGAUAUAGUGCUUGCAGGACAUUGUGCAGUGAAUAGAAACACGCAGUGAACAGCCGCGAAAAAUUAAAAUCAAAUUGAAGUGUGCGCGAUGCGUGGGG